CCAGCAGGGGAACGCGGGUCAGUUCGUCCGUGGCAACCAGAGGGGAAGGGUGUAGUCUGUGGCUACAGUGUGAUAGUGAAAGAGAAUCUAUCCUGCAAUUAUCCGUAUUUGAAGAGCAAAUGUAUGACUUUAGUAAAUAGUGUAUAUAUACAGUAUAUAUAUAGUGAACUUUAAUAAACUUAACCUUCAGCUGCUGUAUACAAGAGAAACUACCCAAUUACGUUCUGAACAAGUUUGACGAGGUAGUUGGUCACUUGCCCCUAAACUGACCCUUAGUUCAACACGCCCCAACUGGUUAAUCCAGAAUGUGAACGAAAGAAGAAGAGGAAGAGAAAGAUCAUAAACAAUAACAGAGGAGAAGAACAGAGGCGUAGUUCCCACAGAAGCUAACACCUGCAACAGAAUUAACAGUAACAGAAUCAACAGUGGAGGAGAGGUCGUGGUUUACAGCCCAUACAACAGUAGCAAGGAACGGUAACAGCAGGAAUAACAGUGGAAAUAGGACCCGUUAACGGUCUAAACAGCAACAGAAGGACCUGAGAGUUUCACAGUAUCUCUGAAAGGGAAGAGAGGGGAGAGCAGAUUCGUUCUGGUGCUUGUGCUGACCGGUGUGGUGCCUGAGUCCUGAGCCCUGUCUGUGCUGCUGAAUAGUCGUGGCCGAGGUUUGAACACGCUGUACAUCAGGAUGUGGUCCGACACCUCCCACGGCCAGACCUUCAGCCAUGGCCAAGGCUUCGCUCACGCUCCGGCCCUUGACCGUCUCUGUCUUCACUCCAGGCUGGGUUGCGUGCUGGCUGGGAGUCUGAGGAGUGGUGCAGGCCACAAUCAGCAACAGAACGCAGCCAAUAGCCUGCCUUCAGCAUCAGAGGUGUCAGCUGAAGCCGCCAUCUUUGUGGCCGUGAUUGUAGUGUUCUAUGCAGCCAUCAUCGUCAUCCUCCUCGGCACCAACAUGCGUAGCCCCAAGUCCUCAUCUUCAAGACCUCGCCGCUCUCGAUCUCGUUCUAGGCCUCGACACCAGCUUGUCCUCGACCCUCGAGAUGGUUCAGUCUCUACUCAGCAUACCCAAAAGAAGAAAAAGAAGAGGGACUCCAAUGUCCCACAAGUUGGUGGAGCAGAUAAUGUGUGAAUUGGGAGUCGUGAUUGUUUUAGAAGAUGAGAGAGUUCAUAUCUACACAUUCUAAAAAACUUACAUACUCCUAUCCCAUCCCGUGUGACCUUAGUAAUACCUACAACUGGCAUGAGCCAACCUCUCAGGUAGACCCUAUACUCUAAGAAGUUUUAACUGCUCUCAUCUCUCACUGCUGAGAUACUCUGUUACCACUCCUGGGCCAUAACACCCACUUGAGAGGAUAUCCCACCCACCUAUGUAAAGAUCCCAUCUGGCCCCUCUCUUAGAUAACAAUAUAGUGUUUUAAUUCCCUUCUUGGCUUCCUCACCAAACCAUGUACAGUACACAAACAUUUACCACUAAUCCAUUGUUUCUAAAUAAUCCUAAAUAUCCUCAUCCACCCAUAACCCUUACCCUAAUCCACACAUAACCCUUACCCUAAUCCACCCAUAACCCUUACCCUAAUCCACACAUAACCCUUACCCUAAUCCACACAUAACCCUUACAUCAUCCAUCCAUAACCCUUACAUCAUCCACCCAUAACCCUUACCAUCAUCCACCCAUAACCCUUACAUCAUCCACCCAUAACCCUUACCAUCAUCCACCCAUAACCCUUACAUCAUCCACCCAUAACCCUUACCAUCAUCCACCCAUAACCCUUACCCUCAUCCACCCAUUACCCUUCUGUUAUACAGCCAUGAACUCGUUCCUUCCGUCCCCCACAUGAUGCAGUUUGGCAGGAAUUAAGAUCAUAACACUCCCAAUGUUUACCAUCAUUCAUUCUCUCUCUGUUUGAUUCAAGAUGCCAUUAUUCUACUCACGUUCUAUGGUUUAAGCUGUAGCUGUUAUUUAUAUAUUUUACUUGUGUGUGUCUUGAGAGAUUGUGUGUCAUGAUGAUACCUCAUUUCUCACUGUGAAGAAAAUGAGUCACAAGAUUGCGUCCAAAGUUUCCGGAUCUGUAUAGAUUAGUCUGUGUAUCUGAGCAUCUGUUUAUCUUUAGACAAGUAUGUCCCCCAUUUUGAAUUUAGUGAAGCUGGAACUUAAUAUGAGUAUAGUACAGGGGCAGAUCCAGGAAUAUCAAAAGGGGGGGUCCAAGAAGUUUUGGGUGGGGGAACAUAGCGAGCAAAGCAAGCCCAACCGGGGGGGGGGGGCGCUGUAAGUCGCCCCCAAGAUAAUUUUUUCAAAUCCGACCAAUAUCAUGGGCAUUUUGAGGCUACUUUGAAGCCUUGUGUACUUGGUAUUAGGAUAUUAUCUUAGGUCAAUAGUUAUUACUGUUUACUAUACAAAAAUGCAUGAGUACAAUACUGUAUUAAAGAAAAAGUACAGGUAUUGGAAUUUUCUGAUGAAAAGUAUCUGCCCUUGGUACAGUACUCUCUUAGAUAAAAUAUCAGAUGAGGAUGCACAUGAGUAUUCUAUGACCUUCCUUGUGACCAGAAUAUUGAACAUAUGUGUCACAAUGAGACAUAAGUUAUUUUUUUUUAAAUAUCCCCAACCUAAAGGACUCUUGUAUGAAAAAAAUCACUCAAUACACUUGAUCUAUAUCCUUAGUACAGUACUGUCUUAUGACCUGUUUACACUAUCAUCCCCCAGUAAUAUAUCUAGUUUUCCUUUUUGUAAAUAAUCCUCAGCACAAUACUGUAGUGUGAAGGUUACCCACAGUUAUCCUUUCCCAGAAUGAUGGAAAAGUAGAAAAAUUAAGGUUAUAUUAAUCAAUUACACAUUUGCUGAACUUUCCAUAUUAGCAGACAAAGUUACCAGAAAGGACUCUAAAACCUUUUAUGGUUUAGUACAGGUUAUAAAUACACUUCCUGAACAUUGUUGGUGAUAUUGUUUCCCCAUAAUCCUGAGUUAAAACCAUAGAUCAAACAGAGACUCCUCACACGGUUUUGCUAUGAACCUCGGAGAAGCCAACAAGUACAGUACAGUACAGUACUGUAUUUGCACAUAAAUUAAGUUUAUUUUUAUCCACUUUUGUUUAUCCUUGAAUAGGAAAAUUACAUGAAAAAACCUUGAGCUGGCACUGUAGUUAAUUAAAUGAUGUAAAUUAUUAAAUGAACCACUACUAGAAAGUGGUUCAAUAUAGUUCAAUAUAGGAAAUAGUUCAAUAUAGGAAAAACAAUUUAGAAACCCUGUGUGAUCACAAUUACAAAGUACUUUUUACCUUUAUCCUCUAUGCCACUGAUCAGCUCAUUAGCCGCUUGGGUGAUCGGUCACGUCUCUGUUAUGCACUGUUGGCGAGUAAUGAGUAAUGAGUAAUGAGUAAUGAGCAUGCACUGGCCCUCAAUGUAGCUGUACCUGCUCCAGUGUUGGUCAAGUUUGAUCUUGAAGGAGCUUAUACUCAGUGCCAUCACAACACACACUGGCAUAUUAUUCCAAGAGUUUACAAUUCUCACUCCAAAAAAGUUUGACCUUAUAGUUUUGUGGACUUGUGGCUUCUUCAACUUGGAGCUGUGACGUUUAGUGGGGCAGGCAUUUGCCAGCUACAGGUGUGAUAUGGUAGAAUGUGCACUAUAGCUUUCAGUACACUCCCAAAAAUAUGAAGUUUGUCACACUUCAAUAAUCUAAAAUUGUGACUUUUUCACAAUCUAUUUCACACUUGGGUAAGUAUUAAUUACAGUAUAUAUUACUGGAAUGUUCUCUGUAGAGAAGAAGACUCCUGGUUCAAACAUGAAUACAGUAUAGACAAAGAAAUAAGGUGAAUUUAUGGAAUGAAGGUAAACCACCAAUAUAUAUAUUUUUAAUAUGUAUGCAGUGUACAGUAUAUACAUACUACUUGCUGCCAUGCAAAGAUCACAAAUGUAUAUCAGAAAUUUUUAAAUAAUUUUUCUAAACAAGGCAUGAUUGUGUGCAUUAUCUGCUGUUUCCCUUAAGGGUUAUGGGGAACAAUAAAAUGAAUACAUGUAUAUAGUCUACAGCAAUACCUUUUGUUAACUAACUAAAGCAAACGUUAAAAACAGUCAUCGCUGAUUCUCAAAACGUACAAUUUUCUUUUAACUUUUUUCUGCAAAUUGGGAAAGUUCUAAUUAUUAGUGGUUGAAAAUCAUAUCUUGUUUCCCUAACUUCUUUUUGGGAAUGAGUGGCUGUCCUCAAACCGAUCCCUAGUGAUGUCAUACCUUCAGUACCACCAGUGAAUGGUUUGAAGAGGCUGUCAAUAUAAAGCGUCAAGCACUUUUAACCUUUGAUGUAAAUUUAAUUUUUGUGUUAGCACAAAUUUAUAGUGGUAUUGUGCUUGUGUGUUACAUAUUGAAACCAAAGAAAGAUAUUCCGAGGUUUUAGUUGUUCAGAUAUAAUAAAAGUGUACACAAAUAGA